AUGGCGAGCUGGUUUACAUCUUCGUCGCCGCUGGACGACCAGGUCGAGAAAGCUACAUCGUCUAGCUUAGAGGAUAUCGCUUUGAACCUGGAGAUUUCCGACCUGAUUCGAUCGAAAACAGUGCAGCCGAAGGAGGCUAUGAAAGUCCUGAAGCGCAGACUAGAGACCAAGAACCCCAACGUCCAGCUCGCAACCCUCAAGUUGACCGAUACUUGCGUGAAGAAUGGCGGCCGGCACUUCCUCGUCGAGAUCGCAUCGCGAGAGUUCAUGGAUAACCUCGUAUCGUUGCUCAAAACCGAAGGCCCCAAUGCUCUGAACCACGAAGUUAAGACCAAAAUGCUAGAACUUAUACAGAACUGGGCAAUGGCCGCUCAGUCCCGGAACGACCUUUCUUACAUCACUGAGACGUAUCGGAAACUACAAAAUGACGGAUAUCACUUUCCACCAAAAACUGAAAUAGCGAGCACGAUGCUUGAUAGCGAUGCUCCCCCGGAGUGGAUCGACUCAGACUGUUCAAGCAAGACCAUCCCCCUACCGCAUCUUGGGAUAAUUCAGCCCGUUCGGGUGGACGAUGGUUGCUAUGCGAAGCUUACCUCAAAGCCCACCAACGCAGCCGCACGGUCGUUUCAUACUUCAGCCAACCCACCUCCAAUAUCUUCAAAUAAACCCCGCAUGGAGCCUCGUAGUGCUUAUGCGGAGAACGAUUUUGAUGAAGACUUGAAACGAGCGUUGCAAAUGAGUCUUGAAGAUGCAAAAGGACAACACUCUACUGGCUACGUUCCACAAACCAAACCAUCAUACUCUGCUCCAAAGGUGCAAGUUAGCGCCCCCAAAAAUGAUGAAGAGGAAGAUCCGGAUCUCAAAGCAGCUAUUGAAGCAUCGUUGAGGGACAUGGAGGAGCAGAAGCGGAAGCAUACUGCCGCCCUGAAAAACUCUACGUCUAGCGAUAGAGCAGUAACCAGUAAAACUGCUACGAUAACGCCGAAAAAGGAUUACGAGUUGACGCCGGUAGAAGCUGAGAAUAUAAACCUGUUGGCUACUCUGGUUGAUCGGCUCCAGCACCAACCCCCAGGCACCAUCCUCCGAGAACCCCAAAUCCAGGAAUUAUAUGAAAGCAUCGGCGCUCUACGACCGAAACUUGCCCGGACGUAUGGUGAAACUAUGAGUAAAUAUGAUACUCUCCUUGACCUUCAUGCUAAACUAUCCACUGUCGUACGAUAUUAUGACCGGAUGUUAGAAGAGCGAUUAUCAAAUACAUAUUCACGCCAAACCUUGAAUGCGUAUGAUAGUGUUCGACCUCAGUCAACUUCAAACGUCUAUCCUCCGAUGCCCCAGCAAAACACAGGCGGCCGUGAAGGGGCAGAAAGCUUCUACCUUGGGACCGGAGCACCUGAACCCCACUCAACAGCAUACACUCAAUAUCCAAAUAACCAUUCCCAACCACCACCAGAGCAUGCCUAUGAGUAUCAGGGGCCUGGGCCGUCAAGCGCACCUAAUUUUGACCGCAGAGCCUCUACCCAUAGUAGCCUGCAUUCCCAAACCAGGCAAUCUGGAGGAUACUCCAGGCCACCACCCCAGAAUGCCCAGCCCGAUUAUCCAAGGCUGAAUGACACCCAUGAUCCGAGCAACGUCCCAACACCAAACCAACAGUAUCAAUACUCUUACCCCCCGCCGAUGCAGCAAAACCACCAACCCCAGCCGACAGUUUCUCAUACUCCCCAUGAUCCUUCAUACCCUUCCCACCCAGGAGCAGAGGCUGUAUCACCAUCCCAUGCUGCAGCCCAGCCUUACCCACCUCCGCAGUUCCCACCAACACAGCCCCCAUCCCAACCUGGACACCCCUACCAAUCUUUCCAGGGCCCGGUAAGCCCUCCAUCCCACCCUGCCACGACGGAGUUUGACCACAGCCAGCACUAUUAUCAGCAGCCACCACCCGCAACCACUCAACAACCUAUCUACCCAGCUCCAUCCCCAAUGAACGGCCAACACCCCAGCCAUAACACCAUGUCUCCCGCCCUCCAGCCACCACUCCAGCAGCAGCAAACACACCCAAAGCCGGUUGUCGAGGAAAGCCUGAUCGAACUUUGA